AUGUCCCUUCUCUUUGUGGCCGGUUUCUGUAUAUGCUACUUUGGCACUAUCGGUCGUUGCUUGAUUGAGCCAUCAAAAGAGGAUCAUUUUGAUUACAUCCACCCGCAUGAUAAUUCCACCCAGCAAUGCCGGCCCUUUGCUCCUUAUACACCAGGUACUCAUGAUGACACUAGGCCCCAACGACCACCUCGGACUUCGCGAGCUCAAUCUGCAGGGAUGACAUCUUCACUUCCGGCAUCUCCCCUAAACCCUGAGCUAUCCUAUUCACAAGGUCUUUCGGAGCACGCAUCGGUCCGCGUCGAUUCCUUUAGCAGAGACGGAAUGCAGCCUUCCGACUCCGCCAAUGUCUCAAACCGACCGCCUCAUAUCGAGACGUCAGACAGUCGGCAAGUAGCAAUUUUCCCAGUGCCUGAGACUGUUGUGGCUCAAAGUACCGUUCUACUGGAACGCCGUGCCAAGUAUGUCGACCUGUAA